AUGCCACACACUACUAUGCCCAUACAUGAUUCCGCUUAUGCCACCUCACAACUAGACAUAUCUCAUAUACAAAUUGGUGGCAGGAAAUCAAAACUUGCUGUAGUACAGCUGGAACUUGUUAAAAAAGCUAUACAAGAUUUAUACCCAGAAAUUGAUUGUUCAAUACUAGCUUUAAGUACAUUGGGAGACAAGGUACAAACACAGCCACUUUAUUCUUUUGGUGGUAAAAGUUUAUGGACUAAAGAAUUGGAGAUUCUUUUGAUGGACAGAGUUGAUGAAUUUCCUCAAUUGGACUUAAUUGUUCAUUCUUUGAAGGAUAUGCCAACUCAUUUACCUGAAGAAUUUGAAUUGGGUUGCAUAUUCCAAAGGGAAGAUCCAAGAGAUGCUAUAGUUAUGAAGCUGGGCAGUCCUUAUACUCAUUUGCGAGAUUUACCUGCUGGAUCAAUAGUUGGUACUUCUUCCAUCAGAAGACUGAGUCAAUUGAUUAAAAACUAUCCCCAUUUAAAAUUUGAAAGUGUACGAGGUAAUAUACAAACUAGGUUAAGAAAAUUGGAUGAUCCUGAAAAUCAAUAUUGUUGUCUUAUAUUGGCAAGUGCUGGUUUAAUACGGUUAGGAUUGGGAGAUAGAAUAACUUCAUGUUUGGAUGAUGUUUACUAUGCUGUGGGACAAGGUGCAUUGGGUAUUGAAAUUAAGAAAGAUAAUCACAAAAUCAGGGAGAUUCUCAAACAAAUCGAAGAUCCAGUAGCAACUAUAUGUUGUCUUGCUGAACGUUCAUUGAUGAGAUAUCUUGAAGGUGGAUGUUCAGUUCCAUUGGGAGUUCAUUCGGAAUAUAAUCAACAUACACAAAUAUUAACAGUAAAAGGGAUAAUUGUAAGUCCUGAUGGUACUCAAGCUAUCGAGGCAGAGGUUUGUGGGAAAAUAAAUGAUAGAGAUGAAGAUUGCGAACGAUUGGGAAUUGAAUUGGGAGAUAAAUUGAAAGCUCAAGGAGCUCAGGAUAUCCUUGAUAGUAUAGAUAUGACGAGGAUUAAUGCCAAACCCACGGAAGUGUAA